AUAAACGACAUAUACGACUACGAGAAAGAUAUUGGCUUUGAAUCUGUUGAUAUGAAGAAUCUUCAAGACAAGUUAGUACUUGUAGUAUACACGUAAAACGGGCGAAUUGUUGCAGAUCUGGAAACAAGUUGCAACAAGGUUGUUGUGAAGCCGAUAUCAGGAUGUGUUCGCACUGCUUGUUCCCAGUUGUUGUGACAAGUCUGGAACAAGUUGCUGUUACAAGGUGAUGACGGUAACAAACUUGCUACAAGUUGUUCUAACAAGACUAAUACAGGCUGUUCGUAACAAGUUGCUACGAGCUUGUUGUCGUCAACUUGUUAACAACUUGUUACGUGCAAACGAUAUCAGACUUGUUGGAACAACUUGUUGCGAGUCUGUUGGCCUCAUCAACCUUGUUACAAGAUGAUAACAACUUGGUCCAGACUUGUCAACAACUGGGAACAAGCAGUGCGAACACAACUUGUUGACAAGCUGUCGGAAUUUUUAUACGCGUGUACAUCUCUCAAUUCUAUAUAUUUACCACCAAACAAAAGACUAUGCGCGUAAAAUUCUCACAUCUUGCAGUAAGUUUGCCAAUAUAAGCCGUCAACAAGUUGUGUUCGCACUGCUUGUCCCAAGUCGUCAACAAGUCUGAAACAAGCUGUUAAUCUUGUUGAUAUUAUCAGACUUGUUGCAAGGUUGUUCCAACAAGUUCGAUACAGUCAUGAUAUAACAAUAUUGUUACAACUUUGUGUGGUCAACCUUGUAACAUUCUUGUUAUACCAUGACUGUAUCAGACUUGUUAGAACAACCUUGUAACGAAUCUGAUAGUGCCAUCAAGCUUGUUACAAGUUGUUAACAGCUUGUUUCAAACUUGUUACAACAACUGGGAACAAGCAGUGCGAACACAACUUGUCGACAACUUGUGAACAGAUUUGUAACAACUUGUUUACAGAGUUGCUCCAAGAUGUGAGAUUUCUGCGCUUGUACUAAAUUGAACGUGAAGCAUUACCAUCAUCUUGUCACUCUGGUAACUGCAGGUUGACCCACCAUCUGCUGCGCGAUAGUACUUUGUCAAAACCAUACACCUUGUCCCCUUAUACAACGUUCAUACGUAAACUAUUUCCUCACUUGCUAUGUCUCUGGCGUUUUUGUAGUGGCGGUGACCUGCAACUGACUUUGGUGCUAAGUUUUACCGAAGUAGGAUGGCAGAAUGGCUUUGGGCUAUUUAGAUCCUUCAAUGAGAACAGAUUUUUGAACAGGACACCGGAAGUAAAGGAUUGCGAGUCUAAAUUUCGUAAGUGAUUGCCAAUAUUAAGCAUGUAGCUGUCAUUUCUGUGACAGCUUUCACCAAAUACCUCACACUUUUUUGCAGCUAGUUUGGUUUUCUUAGUAAACCUGGAGCAACAAGGAAAGAACCUUACUGGACCUCUACGGAGAACAGUUUAGAACUGAUAGAGCUAUCCAGUAUAAAUAAAGUUAGUUUAGUUUAGGUUUCCUCCUGCAGUAACACUGGAUCAAUAAGAGAUGGCCCAUACUGGACCUCAAGGGAGAACAGUUUAGAACUGAUAGACCUAUCUAGUAUAAAUAAAGUUAGUUUAGUUUAGGUUUUCUCCUAUAGUAACACUGAAUCAAUACGAGAUGAUCUUUACUGGACCUCCAGGAAGAACAAUUUAGAACUGACAGAACUAUCCAGUAUAAAUAAAUUAACUUUAUUUGUGCUGGAGAGCUAUAUCUGUAUCUAUAACUCCAGUAAGUGGUAUCCACUGUUCUUUCUAGAGGUCCCGUGUUACUACAGGAGGAAACCUAAACUAAACUAACUUUAUUUAUACUGGAUAGCUCUAUCAGUUCUGAACUGUUCUCCCUAGAGAUCCAGUAAGGAUCAUCUCUUAUUGAUCCAGUGUUACUACAGGAGGAAACCUAAACUAAACUAACUUUAUUUAUACUGGAUAGAUCUAUCAGUUCUAAACUGUUCUUCCUAGAGGUCUAGUAAGGAUCAUCUCUUAUUGAUCCAGUGUUACUACAGGAGGAAACCUAAACUAAACUAACUUUAUUUAUACUUGAUAGCUCUGUCAGUUCUAAACUGUUCUUCCUAGAGGUCUAGUAAGGAUCAUCUCUUAUUGAUCCAGUGUUACUACAGGAGGAAACUUAAACUAAACUAGCUUUAUUUAUACUUGAUAGCUCUGUCAGUUCUAAACUGUUUUUCCUAGAGGUCUAGUAAGGAUCAUCUCUUAUUGAUCCAGUGUUACUACAGGAGGAAACCUAAACUAAACUAACUUUAUUUAUACUGGAUAGCUCUAUCAGUUCUAAACUGUUCUUCCUAGAGGUGCAGUAAGGAUCAUCUCUUAUUGAUCCAGUGUUACUACAGGAGGAAACCUAAACUAAACUAACUUUAUUUAUACUGGAUAGCUCUAUCAGUUCUAAACUGUUCUUCCUAGAGGUCUAGUAAGGAUAAUCUCUUAUUGAUCCAGUGUUACUACAGGAGGAAACCUGAACUAAACUAACUUUAUUUAUACUGGAUAGCUCUAUCUGUUCUAAACUGUUCUCCCUAGAGGUCCAAUAAGAGCCUAAGUGGUGUACAUGGGAAAACUAAAUGAACUCGUUUUCAUUUCUUACAGAAUCCUGUCACGAUAUAGUUCUUGAUGAAGUUUUCCCGUCUGGUAAUCCGAAUAGAGCCGAUGCGUAUUUCUACCCUGUAGCGGAAGAUAUCGAGGACACAUACUAUGAGGGCUACAAUAUUAUAGCAUAUUUAAUCGAUGGAACCAGGGAAGACGUGUGGAUUGGUCAUGCGAAGCCAACCACCACAGAUCGUGCUCACGGGACAGUACACUGCGGUCCUUAUAAACUUGUUGCUAUUACCGUGCAACUAAGGACCUUCAAAGGAGCUGGAUUUCCUUGCUCAAAUUUUAUGUUAGUUCAUACCAUCGAAGGAGGUGAGUCAGUAGCAGUUUUAUAUAUAAGAAAUGACCCUCACUCAACCUCUAUUACACACGUAAAAACGCACAAGUUGUUACAAGUCCACAAACAAGUUGUUACAAAUCUGUUCACAAGCUGUCGACAAGUUAUGUUCGCACUGCUUGUUCCCAGUUGUUGUAACAAGUUUGGAACAAGUUGUUAACAACUUGUAACAAGGUUGAUGGUAUUAUCUGACUUAUAAAAGGAAUGUUACGUGGUUGACGACACAAUGUUGUAACAAUACUGUUUUAUCAUGACUGUAUCAGACUUGUUGGAACAACCUUGCAACAAGUCUGAUAAUAGCAACAAAGUUGUUACAAUUGUUAACAAGUUGUUCCAUACUUGUUGACAACUUGGGACAAGCAGUGCGAACACAACUUGUUGACGGCUGGUUGGCAGACUUGCGACAACAUGUGAGAUAUUUUGCCUGUGUAGUAGGGAGAACAGUUUACAACUGAUAGAGCUAUCCAGUAUAAAUAAAGUUAGUUUAGUUUAGGUUUCCUCCUGUAGUAACACUGGAUCAAUAAGAGAUGAUCCUUACUGGACCUCUAGGAAGAACAGUUUAGAACUGAUAGAGCUAUCCAGUAUAAAUAAAGUUAGUUUAGUUUAGGUUUACUCCUGUGUAACACUGGAUCAAUGGGAGAUGACUCUCAGUGGAUCUCUAGGAAGAACAGUUUAAAACUGAUAGAACUAUCCAGUAUAAAUGAAGUUAGUUUAGUUUAGUUUAGGUUUCUUCGUGUAGUAACACUGGAUCAAUGAUAGAUGACUUUUACUGGACCUCUACGGAGAACAGUUUAGAGCUGAUAGAGCUACUGUAUCCAGUAUAAAUAAAGUUAGUUUAGUUUAGGUUAGGUUUCCUCCUGUAGUAACACUGGAUUAAUAAGAAAAGAUCCUUACUGGACCUUUAGGAAGAACAGUUUAGAACUGAUAAAACUAUCCAGUAUAAAUUAAGUUAGUUUAGUUUAGAUUUCUUCAUGUAGUAACACUGGAUCGAUGAGAGAUGACUUUUACUGGACCUGUGGGGAGAACAGUUUAGAACUGAUAGAGCUAUCCAGUAUAAAUAAAGUUAGUUUAGUUUGGGUUUCCUCCUGUAGUAACACUGAAUCAGUAAGAGAUGACUCUUACUGGACCUCUAGGAAGAACAGAGCAGACAAUUGUGAAGGCUAUGCAACUACCUGAUAAAUAUAAGCAGAACUUGAUCGUUUUGAGCGAAGGUUUUUCGUUGGGAAGGUGGUACCUUCCAGUAUAAAUGAAUAAGUGCACACGAAUUCUGCUGGUGUAUAUUACUGUGAUAUUUUUUUGUGUGUUUUCAGCUCCCUCGGAAGGGCCGAAAAAUUUAAGAGUUGUAUCACUAAGCGCAUUUAACGUGACGGUUGUUUGGGGAAAUAUUACCGAAGGAAAAAGGAAUGGCAUUAUUCAAAAGUAUAACAUACAUAUUCAUGGCAGUAACGGCUUCCUUAGCUCUAGGUGUUGUGUGUUGGUGAAUGAAACUCGAAUAGCUUCAUUUCCCAUUCUACAGCCCGCCAAAAAAUAUACCGUGUAUGUUUGUGGAUAUACAUCAUAUCAUAAAUGUGGAUCUUGGGCUUCCGUUGGGUUUCAUUCAACUGCAUUGUGUAAGUAUAUUUAUUAUAUAGACAUAGUAGAGAGUGAGAUACUGAAAAAUACACAGUGAGAUAUUUUCCAUAUCUUCACUAUAGUGAAGAUAUCGAUCACGUGACUUUCUCUCUCUCUCUCUCUCUCUUUCUCUCUCUCUCUCUCUAUAGAGGCAAAGUAUGGCACUUUGGUAACAUUUUGUACCCUUCUCAAUAUUUUUCUUCCACCUAUGUGCAAUAAGUUGUGAUUUAUUUCAAAAUAAAGGCUUACGUCCCCUUUCAUUCCAUGCCAAGUUUUAAGGCUUAUCAGUAAAUGCAUUACGAACACUAUUUGUUUAUGUAGUUACAAGGUUACAAAAUUGCCACACACGUUGCUUACGUUCUAG